UGAUCCUUUUACAGUUAGGUUUAUUUGAGUAGUGAUAUGUAAAAGCAUACCCUUGCCUUUGCUGCCCUUGCUUGCCCCCUAUUCGUUAAGCCUAUAUUUGGUUCAAAGAAACCUUGUCUUCGCCCUCCUAUGCCACCAACAGGCCUUAAUUUUAAGCCUUAUGCCAGAUUGAGACCAGAAUGUAAUUGUAGUGAUCAAAAGACUGUAUAACAGUCUUAAAAGAGAUGAUUUCCUUAACAAGAAUACGAUCAUUGAGCAUGUGCCAUGUUACUUAAAUGUAAGAAGAUCAUGAAUGAAUUAGGAGUGAGCUCACUUCACCUAAAGCAAUUUGUUUAGAAUUGGCAAAUGACAUGUUAGAGGUUAAAGAUUUCUUUUUGUUGAUGAAACAAUACCAUUAACUCUUUUUCUCUCUCUCUGGAUAAACACCAUGGAUUCUAAACUUUAACAUCCAUCCUCCUUUUUAUUAUUUUUUUUGGAGGGGGAAAGAUGAUAAAGGAAGAGAACUUCCUAAAAAUUUUAAUGGCCAAUUUGGUGACAUCGUCAACGUGUUUCACUUUAAUUUGGUAAUAAAAAUUUUAGUUCUCUUUUGUAUUCUCUUGAAUGCUUUUAGUCUUUUGUUCUUUUCUUCUGUAAUAAUCAUUCUAUUGAACCUUUAAACGUAAACGUAACAGCUUAAAUCUCGUAUAUUAUAAAAUACGUAGAUCAAUUAUGAGAUCAUAUAACUCAACUGAUAAAAUCUAGCCAUAGCAAUGAAAACAAAAAGGAUCAAAGAGAUUAUUACAAAAGUAACAAGGUGCUUUGCCCUAAUUAAAAGAAAUCAUCUCUAAUAAAGCAAAAGAGUAUAAGUAAAAGGUAAGCAACCCUUUAUACAGAAGAAUUACAUCUUAGGCACAAAAGAAAAUCUUUAAUAAAUAGAAUCUUUGCUUGUGAAUUUUGAGAGAGAGAGAGAGAGAGAUUGCUACUUUACUUUCGAGUCAGUGAAGAAAGGAAUGAGCGACCAAAAAAAAGAGGAUGGGCUAUAAAUGGCAUUGAGGGUCUGAUUGAUAUUUCUAAGCACUUAUUUCUCGAGAUUUGUGCUUGAAAAGAUCAAGAAGAAUGAAGUAUUGCAGAGGAUGGAUCUCUCUGUUAUUCAUUGCUCUCUUUUUUGCUUUUGGCUUUGGUUCAGAGAUUUAUGUACCCUCAGAUGCAGAAAGUCUCCCACCAGAAAAGAAGGAAAAUUGUACAUACGCGGUAACAAUUGAAACGACGUGUACCAAGGGAGCGGAAACAUCAAACCAUGUCAGCUUGAGGUUUGGCGAUACAAAAUCGAAUGACAUUUUGGUGCGACACCUCAAUUCCAAGCACACAAGGUGGGUUGAUCCAUUGGAGCCACAAGUUCUGGACGAUGUGCCCAGAAAACCAUUUCAAGCGUGCAUGGUAGACCAGUUCCAAGUUACUGGUCAAUGUGUGGAGUCACCCGUUUGCUACCUGUACCUUAAAUUGACCGGAAAUGACGAUUGGAGACCGGGUUUUGCCCAAGUCCAGGUGUUAGAGGGGUCUCAUCUCAGCUCAAAUUAUUUCUACUUCCGGCGGUAUUUGCCCCGGCAUGUGUGGCAUGGCUCCGAUGUGUGUGACAGUGAGGUCACUCCUUUUGGGAUCAAGUUCAACAGGAAGGUCUUUGGAAAGAAGCAUGUUAAACCAUUGUUGCCAUAGGAAUACCAUCUUAUGCUGCUUGUAUUAGGUUUCUGUUCCCUUUUGCUCUCUCACGUUGUAUUUAUCAUGUAGCAUUCUAUUUGGAGAUGGUGUUAGUUAUACCAUUGAUGAUGAUAUUAGCCUAA